UACAGUUGGUAAACAAAGUAGAGCCUUCGAGUUCUUUCCGAACAUCUGUCCAAAAGUGUCUGGCUGGUUUGUUAUUCGUAUCUUGAUAAGCACAAAAGCAAAAAGAGUUUCGCACGCUAGGUUCGGUUGUAAAUCAAUUUUCUGUGGUCGAGAAAUGAAAGGCGAAAACCGAUCCGAUAAUGGACUUACAACGAAAUCGAUAAGUCGAGACGGCGGCUAUGGCUGGAUAGUCUGCUGUGGGACUUUCAUCGUAAGUUUUGUGGUAUUCGGAAUUCACAACUCAUUCGGUGUUCUGUAUGUUAACCUGCUCGAUGAGUUAAAACUUGGUGCGAUGCAAACAGCGUGGAUUGGCGCCAUGGCCAUGGGUUUGAACUUCUUUUUUGGUCCUAUAUCAAGUGCAUUGUGUGAUCGUCUUGGUUGCCGUGUUGUGUCCUUUGCUGGUGCGUUACUAUCCGUCUCAGGGUUGUUCCUAACCUCCUUCAUACAAGAAGCUCCUAAAAUGUAUGUGACCUACGGACUUGUAUGGGGAGUGGGUUCUAGUUUCUCCUAUGUGUCGUCUAUCGUUGUCCUGGGUGAAUACUUUGAUAGACGAUUGGCGCUUGCCAAUGGGAUUGCAUCAUGUGGAGGUGGCGUAGGCUCUCUUGUUACCGGGCCGGUCAUAAAUUACCUACUGGCAUCUGUCGGAUGGAAACACUCCAUGCGCAUUUUGAGUGCGUUUGCUGGACUUUUAUGGAUUGCAACUUUGAUCUUUAAACCAAAGGAAAAUCUUCAAUCUACCAGGCAGAGGAGAGAAUGUACCAAGUUAUUUGAUACUUCAAUAUGGAAGAGUAAAGCGUACGUUUUGUGGGUUACUACUGUAGCUGUGUUUCAAUUUGGUUAUCUUGUUCCAUUUAUUCACCUGGUGAGGUAUGCCGAAGAUUUGGGAGUUCCAAAAUCUAAAGGCGCUUGGCUGGUUGGUUUUCUAUCCAUCACCUCAACGCUUGGUCGAGUGGUAUUUGGCAAGAUUUCUGACUUGAAAUUCGUCAACAGGCUCUACCUAUACCAAUUUUCGAUAUUUUGCAUUGGAGUGACCACUCUCUUGUGUCCUCUGGUCAAAAACUAUGCAGGACUUGUGGGUUAUGCUUUAAUAUUUGGAUUUUUUGACGGAUGUUUUGUGGGCCAAGUGGCGGUGAUAACGGCUGAUGUGGUCGGACGCGAUAAGCUUUCUCAAGCAGUGGGAAACAUGUUUGGAACUAUGGCGAUACCACUGAGUCUUGGACCUCCACUUGCAGGUUGGCUGCAUGAAGUAUUCGGUACCUAUGAUGAAGCAUUUUAUAUAGCCGGUUCUGUGGCGUUAUUUUCUUCGCUCAUGAUUUUUGGGGUGAACUGUAUGAUUCGAAAGCAGUCUAUAGCAAGGAGGCAAUUGGGAUUUAAAAACGACACUUCUUUGAAUAUUUCUGAAGCUGAAACGGCAUCUGACUCUGUUUACAAAAAUACAGAAUCACAGCCGAUGCUGGAAGAGGAGCACAUUGUCACUAAUAAACUUUGCAAGCUUCACUGCGCAUCAAGAACAAGCAAGGAACUUCUGGUGUUUGAGAGAGAAACUGUUUUAUAGUAUUUUUAGAGAUUCUUCGAUUACUGAUAAUGCAAUUUUCAACAGAGUGUAGAAACUUGUCCA